GAAAAAUCAUAAUUUCUCAACUCAUAAAGAUAUAAAAUACAAAAAGGCGUCACUGAUGUUUUUGUAGCAAUCAUAUUUUCUUAACUUUCACUACACAUAUAAAAAGCCCAAUUCUAUUAACUAGAAAAAAAAAAACAGAGAUGAUCAAAAACAAUGGCGACUUUGAUUCUAACAUUCUUGCUUCUUCUUUUAGCAACAAAGCUUCCGGAAUCACUAGCAGGUCACUGCACCACCACGACGGCGACGAAAAGCUUCGAGAAAUGCAUCUCUCUCCCGACACAGCAAGCUUCAAUCGCGUGGACGUACCAUCCACACAACGCUACUCUUGACCUUUGUUUCUUUGGAACUUUCAUCUCACCUUCCGGGUGGGUUGGGUGGGGGAUUAACCCGGAUUCUCCCGCGCAGAUGACUGGUUCUCGGGUGCUCAUCGCCUUUCCGGAUCCGAAUUCCGGUCAGCUCAUUCUCCUUCCUUAUGUUCUUGACUCCUCUGUUAAGCUCCAGAAGUCUCCUCUGCUUUCUCGUCCGCUUGAUCACAUCCGUCUCUCUUCCUCCUCUGCUUCCCUCUAUGGUGGUAAAAUGGCUACCAUCCGAAAUGGCGCUUCUGUUCAGAUUUACGCCUCGGUAAAGCUCUCUUCGAACAAUACCAAGAUCCACCAUAUUUGGAAUAGAGGGCUUUAUGUCCAAGGUUACUCUCCUACUAUUCAUCCCACUACUUCCAUCGAUCUCUCCUCCUUCUCAACCUUUGAUGUCACUUCAGGAUUUGCAACGGUUAACCGAAACAGCGGUUCUAGAGCUUUGAAAGUGACUCACGGAGUACUAAACGCGGUGGCAUGGGGCUUUCUCCUCCCGGCAGGAGCAGUAACAGCUCGAUACCUUCGCCAAAUGCAAUCAAUCGGACCAACUUGGUUCUACAUUCACGCAGCCAUACAGCUAACCGGUUUCCUCCUUGGAACCAUUGGUUUCUCCAUUGGGAUCGUGCUCGGCCGAAAUUCUCCAGGAGUGACCUACGGGUUACAUAGGAGCCUCGGGAUAGCUACGUUCACUGCAGCUGCACUACAGACGCUGGCUUUACUGUUCAGACCAAAGACGACCAACAAGUUCCGGAGAUACUGGAAGUCUUACCAUCAUUUUGUCGGGUACGCGUGUGUGGUGAUGGGUGUGGUGAACGUGUUCCAAGGGUUCGAGGUUUUGAGGGAAGGAGGAUCAUACGCGAAGCUUGGUUAUUGUAUGUGUUUGGCGACGUUGAUUGGUGUCUGCGUAGCCAUGGAAGUGAACUCAUGGGUUGUGUUUUGUCGCAAGGCUAAAGAAGAGACGAUGAAGAGAGAUGGUUUGGCUGAAGAUAGAUGCAGCAGUGGGAUUCAUAGUUAGGUCUUGAGUCCUAAUUAUAAGAAAGACAGAGAGAGAGACGGUACACCUUUUAUAUAUCCUUGCUUAGCACCUAAAAAAAUCUCAUGUACAAUGUACAUUUUUUAGGUGUUCCAUCACUGUUCAUAUAAGAUCUAGAUCUUGAUUUUGUUAUGUUUCAAUAUGCUAAAAGAUCAGAUAUGAGUGUUUUUUCACAUAAUUUAUGGACAGUAUAGGAUCGGGUUCAAA